AUGCCAUCAAGCACCAGAAGCAUUUGUCUCUACUUCCUUGCCAUUUGGCUGCCCUUCCUGCCCGUCCUCAUGCUGCGUGGCUGUGGUGCAGACGUUCUGAUUAACAUCGCCCUGGACCUGCUUGGAUGGAUCCCAGGUGUCAUUCAUGCCUGGUAUAUCAUUAGCCAAAACGAGAAGCGGGAGUAUGUUCAUGUUGAACCCGGAUAUGGAAGGGGACAUGGUUACCGGGAGAAGAGGGUGAAGUAUUAG